AGACGCUGGCCUGCUGGCGCUGGGCAAAGAAACUGCCGUUGUCGCCGCGGCCGGGGCUGGGACGUGGCGGCGGGGGCGGACUGGGGAGCAGAGGAUCGCCCCUCACAGUGCGGCCGCGGCGACUGCGCCAGGGUCCCAGGGGCGGCAGCGGGGCGUGAAAGCUCUGGGGUGCAGCCAGGCCUACGUGGGCCGGAGGUCGGAGGAACCGGGGCCCCGGCGUCUCGAUUCUUGCUGAGAUCUGUUCGAUAUUUUGAGCACUUAUGAAUAACUACGUAUCUUCAAAACCAUCCACAAUGAAGCUAAAGCAGACCAUCAAUCCCAUUCUUUUAUAUUUCAUACAUUUUAUAAUAUCACUUUAUACUGUUUUAACAUACAUCCCAUUUUAUUUUUUGUCCGAAUCAAGACAAGAAAAAUCAAGCCAAAUUAAAGCAAAGCCUGUAAACUCAAAACCUGAGUCUGCAUACAGAUCUGUUCACAGUUUGGAUGGUUUGGCUGCAAUAUUAUACCCUGGAUGUGAUACACUAGACAAAGUUUUUAUGUAUGCAAAAAACAAAUUUAAGGACAAAAGGCUUUUGGGAACACGUGAAAUUUUAAAUGAGGAAGACGAAGUACAACCAAAUGGAAAAAUUUUUAAAAAGGUGAUUCUUGGACACUAUAAUUGGCUCUCCUAUGAAGAUGUCUUCAUUAGAGCCUUUAAUUUUGGAAAUGGCUUACAGUUGUUGGGUCAGAAACCAAAGACCAACAUUGCCAUCUUCUGUGAGACCAGGGCUGAAUGGAUGAUUGCUGCACAAGCGUGUUUUAUGUAUAAUUUUCAGCUUGUCACAUUAUAUGCUACUCUAGGUGGUCCAGCAAUUGUUCAUGGAUUAAAUGAAACAGAGGUCACGAACAUCAUUACCAGUAAAGAACUCUUGCAAACAAAAUUGAAGGAUAUUGUUACUUUAGUUCCACGCCUGCGGCACAUCGUCACUGUGGAUGGCAAACCACCAACCUGGUCCGAGUUCCCCAAGGGCGUCAUUGUGCACACCAUGGCUGCAGUGCAGGCCCUGGGAGCAAAGGCCAACCUUGAAAACAAACCUCAUAGCAAACCGGCACCUUCAGAUAUUGCAGUGAUCAUGUACACGAGUGGAUCCACAGGGCUUCCAAAGGGAGUUAUGAUCUCACAUAGUAACAUUAUUGCUGGUAUAACAGGGAUGGCAGAAAGGAUUCCAGGAUUGGGAGAAGAAGAUGUAUACAUUGGAUAUUUGCCUCUAGCCCAUGUUCUAGAAUUAAGUGCUGAGCUUGUUUGUCUUUCUCAUGGGUGCCGCAUUGGCUACUCUUCGCCACAGACUUUAGCAGAUCAGUCUUCAAAAAUAAAAAAAGGAAGCAAAGGGGAUACAUCUAUGCUGAAACCAACACUGAUGGCCGCUGUUCCGGAAAUCAUGGAUCGGAUAUACAAAAAUGUCAUGAAUAAAGUGAAUGAAAUGAGUAGUUUUCAGCGCAAUCUAUUUAUUCUGGCCUAUAAUUACAAAAUGGAACAAAUUUCAAAAGGGUAUAGUACUCCACUCUGUGACAGGUUUAUAUUCUGGAAAGUACGAAGCUUGCUAGGGGGAAACAUCCGGCUUCUGUUGUGUGGAGGUGCUCCACUUUCUGCAACCACACAGCGAUUCAUGAAUAUCUGUUUUUGCUGUCCAGUCGGUCAGGGAUAUGGACUCACUGAAUCUGCUGGAGCUGGAACAAUUACAGAAGUGUGGGACUACAAUACUGGCAGAGUGGGAGCACCAUUAGUUUGCUGUGAAAUCAAAUUAAAGAACUGGGAGGAAGGUGGAUACUUUAAUACUGAUAAACCACACCCGAGGGGUGAAAUUCUUAUUGGUGGUCAAAAUGUGACAAUGGGAUACUAUAAAAAUGAAGCAAAAACAAAAGCUGAUUUCUUUGAAGAUGAAAAUGGACAGAGGUGGCUCUGUACUGGAGAUAUUGGAGAAUUUGACCCAGAUGGUUGUUUAAAGAUUAUUGAUCGUAAAAAGGACCUUGUAAAACUUCAGGCAGGAGAAUAUGUUUCUCUUGGGAAAGUAGAGGCAGCUUUGAAGAAUCACCCACUAAUAGAUAACAUUUGUGCGUAUGCAAACAGUUAUCAUUCUUAUGUCAUUGGAUUUGUUGUGCCAAAUCAAAAGGAACUAACAGAACUAGCUCGAAAGAAAGGACUUGAAGGAACUUGGGAGGAGCUGUGUAACAGUUGUGAAAUGGAAAACGAAGUACUUAAAGUGCUUUCUGAAGCUGCUAUUUCAGCAAGUCUGGAAAAGUUUGAAAUUCCAGUAAAAAUUCGUUUGAGCCCCGAACCAUGGACCCCUGAAACUGGUCUGGUGACAGAUGCCUUCAAGCUAAAACGCAAAGAACUUAAAACACAUUACCAAGCGGACAUUGAGCGAAUGUAUGGAAGAAAAUAAUUAUUCUCUUUUGGCAUCAGUUUGCUACAGUGAGCUCAGAUCAAAUAGGGAAAUACUUGAAAUGCAUGUCUCAAACUGUGAGGCAAACUCCAUCCCCAUAAUAAACCUAAACUGUUAUUUCUCAUGUCAUCACCAUUUUUAACUGACAGGAUUAGUAAAAUAUUAAGACAGCAAACUUGUGUGUCUCUUCUUUCUUCCCCCCCCCCCGCCAAUUUCCUUUACCACCUAUGACUGUACCUGUCAGUGUGAGGAUUUUCCUGAACAUACUGGGAAAGCAGUGAUUUUAAAACCUCAAGUUUUUAAACAUGAUUUAUAUGUUCUGUAUAAUGUUCAGUUUGUAACUAAAUUUUAAAGUUUGGAUGUAUAGAGGGAUAAAUAGGAAAUAUAAGAAUUGGUUACUUGGACUUUUUUUACUUACAAUAUUUAAAAAUACAAGGGUAUUGAUGUGAAAUUAUGUAAAUUUGAAAUGCUUAUGAAUCAAAUCAUUGUUGAACAAAAGAGUUGUUGCUGUGUAAUUAUUGUCUUGUAUGCAUUUGAAAGAAAUAAAUAUGCCCAGACUUACGUUUUAAGAAAUUGAGACCUUUUGAAUAUAUGCCUGACAGCGUCGUCUUUAUGUAUUUAUUUUUAGCAGAAAAAUGAAGUUUGGUUUGUGCUGCAUGUAACCAAAGAGAAGCAGAGAGUCUUGGUUUGUAAUAGUUAAGAAGAUAAUAGAGCAAGUGGAACACCAGUUGAUAAUAGUCUGUAGGAGCUUGCCAUCAAACUGUGCAAUAUUCUUUUUAGUUGUUGAAACUAGGAAAAUAUCCAGACUUAAAUAGAAGCAAUUCAUGAAAGAGUAG